GCGGCCGGCGGGGCGGCCCGGCGCGCGGCGACGUGAGCGCGCAGGGGGGCGGCGGCCUCGCCUCGUCUCUGUUGCUGCGUCGGGCCCGGGAAGGUGACGCGGAGCGCCGCGGACGAGAUGUCGGAUUUCGACAGUAACCCGUUUGCGGACCCGGAUCUCAACAAUCCCUUCAAGGAUCCAUCAGUUACACAGGUGACGAGAAAUGUUCCUCCAGGACUUGAUGAGUAUAAUCCGUUCUCAGAUUCUAGAACACCUCCACCAGGCAGUGUGAAAAUGCCCAGUGUACCUAACACACAGCCCGCAAUCAUGAAACCAACAGAGGAACACCCAGCUUACACACAAGUUGCCAAGGAGCAUGCCUUGGCCCAAGCCGAACUUCUUAAGCGCCAAGAGGAGGUAGAGAGAAAAGCUGCAGAACUAGAUCGUCGAGAGCGGGAAAUGCAGAGCCUCAGUCAACAUGGUCGAAAGAAUAACUGGCCGCCCCUUCCUGCUGGCUUUCCCGUCGGCCCCUGUUUCUACCAGGACUUUUCUGUAGACAUUCCCGUGGAGUUCCAGAAGACAGUGAAACUCAUGUACUACCUGUGGAUGUUCCACGCCGUGACGCUGUUUCUGAAUAUCUUCGGAUGCCUGGCGUGGUUUUGUGUGGACGCCACGCGAGGAGUUGAUUUUGGACUGAGUAUCCUGUGGUUCCUGUUGUUCACUCCCUGUUCGUUUGUCUGUUGGUACAGACCGCUUUACGGAGCUUUCAGGAGUGACAGUUCAUUCAGGUUCUUCGUGUUCUUCUUCGUCUAUAUCUGUCAGUUUGCUGUGCAUGUGCUGCAGGCUGCGGGAUUCCACAACUGGGGCAACUGUGGCUGGAUCUCUUCGCUCACGGGCCUCAACAGGAGCAUUCCUGUCGGCAUCAUGAUGAUCGUCAUCGCAGCGCUCUUCACGGCCUCGGCGGUCAUCUCCCUGGUCAUGUUCAAGAAGGUACACGGACUGUAUCGCACAACAGGUGCUAGUUUUGAGAAGGCCCAACAAGAGUUUGCAACAGGUGUGAUGUCCAACAAGACUGUCCAGACCGCGGCUGCCAACGCAGCCUCCAGCGCCGCGCAGAGCGCUUUCAAGGGCAACCCAAUGUAGAAGCCUUCCAGCAACACACCUUUACCUUCUGACUGUACUUCUUCUCCAGUUACUGUAUUCUACAAAUACUUUUAUGUUCAUGACACACAGUAUACACAGCAUGGAUAUUUCCUGUUCACCUGUGCAUGGGCUAAAACCCGAAAAACCUCCUUGUCUUACUACUUUACCUGGUAGCUUCUUAAAACCUCAGUGCCCCUUGCAGAAAAAAAAAAUUUACAUGCUAAAUAAAUAAAUAUUCUCCA